AGAGGAAAAUCAGUCGCUCGGAGCCUUAACACCUUGCAAUGGGAAAUCGCGCCACAUGGGUCACAAACGAUUCCAUCAUUAGACCAGUGGGAUUUUACAUCGUCGGAUUUACCAAUUUAAAGUUUGCUGAUUUUUAUUUUAUCUUCCUUGCAGUCGUAUAUAUUGUAACGGUUUUGUUCAACUCUAUUCUCAUUUCCAUUAUAUAUAUAGAUUAUCGCCUGCACACUCCAAAGUACAUUGCGGUGGCUAAUCUGGCGAUCGUCGACGUGAUGCUGAGUACAAGCAUUAUGCCUAGUAUGUUAAAGCUAUUUCUUGCGAAAGAAAACUUUAUGUCCUACAGUGUAUGCUUGAUACAAAUGUUUUUCGCUUACACCUUUUUUACAUUAGAGUCAUUUUCCCUCAGUGUACUUGCCUAUGACAGGUUAAUUGCAAUAUGUUUCCCAUUGAGACAAAGCUCUAUCAACACAAUCAACGUCAUGGCCACCAUUUUAGUCGCUGUUUGGUCAUUUUGCAUAAGUCUUUCUAUGUUCCCAGUCAUAAUUCUCACCAGGCUGUCUUUCUGUAAUUCUCUUAUUGUGAAGAGUUACUUCUGUGACUAUGACCCCGUGUACUCGCUGUCUUGCAAUGAUCACAGCUUGCAGUAUGCCACUUUCUCUGCUGUGAGUUUGAGUACUGUGCUUGUGCCCUUUAGUUUAAUAGUUGUGUCAUACGCCUGUAUUUUGACAGCCGUGUUUAGGAUGAAAAGCACCGAGAGCCGGUACAAAGCACUCGCAACCUGCACAGAACAUCUCGUUCUAGUGGCAGUUUACUAUGUGCCCAUCAUGGCAAUGUAUGGCAUUGUGCUUUUCUUUACAAUUUCCCAAAUCGAUCAAGAUAUCGCUACGGUGCUCGUGUCAUUGGCUACAUGCAUGCCGCCCUGUCUGAACCCCAUUGUGUAUUCGCUGGCUACCAAAGAAAUAAAGAACAGAAUACUGGCUAUGCUCGAGAAAGUCAAGGUAGGAGCGUGCUCAGGGCAGGCCUAGAGCCAAAGAUUGUAGCAAUUUUUUUUUUCAAAUGAAAAACAUCCCUUUAAUUUUAGCCCUUAGUGUUUGUCCUCAUUUGCCCAAGUUAAUAUGAAGUCCAACGUGAGGAGGUUUAAUUGUAUUUCCAUAUAAUACUUUUCUACUGAUGUGUUAAGAUUAGUUUCCAGCUCCAGGAAGAAAAUGGUAAAUGCUAAGAUGUCCGAUUGAUUAUUUAAAAACUGUAAAAGAAAAAAUCUAAUAAAAUUUUAAUCAGUUUUCAAAACUCUGUCUGUUAGCAGCACCCACUGCUGAAACAUUAAUGUGCCUAAUGCCCUAGGACAUCUCGCUCAAAAUAAAUAAAUAAAGUGACCUCCAUAAUGCUUGGGACAAAGACAAUUUUUUCUUUGAUUUGGCUCUUCAGUCUAUUAUUUAAGAUUUGUAAUCAAACAACUCAAAGAUUUUAUUAAAAGGUAUUUUACUAUGUGCAUUCUGUUAUUUCAGACUACAAACCCCCAAAUGCCCUUACAUACCAGCAGUUGUAAAGCUGCAAACCUGGGAUGUGCACAAAAACAAAGGUCUAGACAUGUCAUGAAUCCCAUAUUGUUUUUUUUUUUUUCUCCAUAGGACCAUUUUAAAGAAAAAAAGUAAGAAUAAUUUAAGAAUAGUUUUGUGAAUAAAGCCCCAGAAAAGUACUGCAUUAACUGCUGCGCUGUUGUGAGGUAACAAUAUACAUAUAUAGAGUAUAAAAGAAAGAAACGUACAUUUUGCAGGUAUGAACACACAUACAGAGAUAAUAAAAAUGCGCGUUUCAGUACAUGUGCAGUUUGUAAACCUGAACAGGAACGUUUUCAUGGGCCUUUUUCACAUUUACAAAUCUGGUAGUAUCAAUAAAUCAUUUCUUUUGGAAGAUUUAAUUUAGAAAACUAACCAUCUCUCUUAGAGCUGAAUUGACAAUCAACACGACACCCCCCCAAAAACACAUCACUUAGUCAUUGGCUAUGCUACUCACAAGAGGGGCUUUGGCAUGUGUAUGAGUAUUUAUAUGUGGAGGUUGCCCUUUUUUUUUUCCAAUUGAGCCCCUGCCCCCCAAAAUGUCUGUGCACGACCCUGCCGUUG